AUGUCUGUUCAAAUAUUUAAUGAUCAAGCUACUGAGGAGAGGGCAGAGAAUGCCCGUAUGUCUGCCUUUAUUGGUGCUAUAGCUGUAGGCGAUCUUGUCAAAUCAACUUUAGGACCUAAGGGAAUGGACAAAUUGUUACAAAGUUCAAGCAACGCAGACCAUGCAUUAGUCACUAAUGACGGGGCCACCAUUCUUAAGUCAAUUCCUUUUGAUAAUCCAGCUGCCAAAGUUUUAGUCAAUAUAUCCAAAGUACAAGACGAUGAAGUUGGAGAUGGUACUACUUCAGUCACGGUUUUGAGUGCUGAGUUGUUAAGAGAAGCUGAAAAGUUGAUCGAUCAGAAAAUUCAUCCACAAACCAUUAUAGAAGGGUUUAGGAUUGCACGCAAUGUAGCUAUUCAAGCUUUGAAUAAAGCUGCUGUCAAUAACGGCGACAACCCAACUUUAUUUAGAAACGAUUUAUUGAAUAUUGCCCAAACCACCUUGUCAUCCAAGAUCUUAUCACAAGAUAAACUAUUAUUUUCCAAUUUGGCCGUGGAUGCUAUUUUAAGAUUAAAAGGAUCAACCAAUUUAAACCAUAUUCAAAUUAUUAAAAAAGUCGGUGGCAAAUUAUCCGAUUCUUACUUGGACCAAGGGUUUAUAUUGGAAAAGAAAUUUGGUAUUGGUCAACCGAAAAAAAUCACGAAUGCAAAAAUCCUUAUUGCUAACACUUCCAUGGACACCGACAAGGUGAAAAUUUUUGGUGCUAAAUUCAAAGUUGAUUCAACAUCAAAAUUGGCCGAAUUGGAAAAGGCCGAAAAAUUGAAAAUGAAAAAUAAAGUUGAGAAAAUAACCAAGUUUGGCAUUAAUGUGUUUAUUAAUCGUCAAUUAAUUUACGACUACCCAGAACAGUUAUUCACUGAUGCCAAGAUUAACUCCAUAGAACAUGCUGAUUUUGAUGGGGUCGAAAGAUUGGCAUUGGUCACUGGUGGAGAAGUGGUGAGUACUUUUGAUAAUCCUGAUAAUGUUAAAUUAGGUCAUUGUGAAUCGAUCGAAGAGAUUAUAAUUGGUGAAGAUACCUUCCUUAAGUUUUCAGGAGUUGCCGCUGGUGAAGCAUGUACCAUAGUGUUACGUGGUGCCACCGAACAAGUUUUGGAUGAAGCUGAAAGAUCAUUGCACGACGCGUUAUCAGUGUUGUCACAAACAACAAGGGAAACGAAAACUGUAUUGGGGGGAGGAUGUUCUGAGAUGUUAAUGGCUAAGGCCGUUGAUCAAGCAGCAGCAAACGAAACAGGAAAGAGUGCUUUGGCCAUAGAAGCCUUCAGUAGAGCUUUGAGACAAUUGCCAACUAUUUUAGCCGACAAUGCUGGUUAUGAUUCUAGCGAUUUGGUUACUAAAUUGAGAUCAGCUAUAUAUAAUGGUAUGACUACUUCUGGUUUAGAUUUGAACAAUGGUAUUGUUGCUGAUAUGAGAGAAUUGGGGAUUGUUGAAUCGUUCAAAUUAAAGAAAGCUGUGGUAUCAUCGGCGGCCGAAGCAGCCGAAGUGUUAUUGCGAGUAGAUAAUAUUAUUCGAGCAAAACCGAGAACUGCCGAUAGAAAUCAUUAG